AUGAAGGAUGGAACGGCCAAGGCUCUACCCCCUCUUCAACCAAGUGGACAGAGCCAAGAAUCCGAACUAGUGAUGGAAGUGGAUGUCCCAUCCUCGGCUCCUCACAGAUCCAUUUUUGAUUUCAAAGAACCUACCCCUGCUAUAAGUUCCAACCCAUUCACCCCAGCCUCGGCUCACCAAUCCAUUUUUGAGUUUAAGAAAGUCGGUACUUCAGCUUUUGCCCUGACCUCGGCUCAUCAGGCAUCAAUGUUCGAUUUUCAGCACCAAGUGGGCACUUCAAUGAAUGUGCCGCCUGUUCCCCCGUCCUCAGCUCGUCAGCCAUCCAUUUUCGAUUUCCAAAAGCCUAACAACCCUGCACCAGCCUUGGCUAAUAAAGGAUCCCCUUUCGAUUUUCAAGUCCAUCGUUCAUUUACCCUGGCCUCGGCUGUUCAGCCUUCCAUUGAUUUUCAAACACCUGGCACAUCUGCUCCAGCUCCUGCCUCUGACAAACCAGGCAUGUCUUCCCCCGGCGCCUCAAGGUCCAAUAGUACUCUGGGAUCAUGGAAGUAUCUGACGAAAUCACAAGAGGCCAAAUUACGACUCCAGGGCCAAGGAGGAGCUGCCAUUCUGCCAACUCGGCCAGGCGAUGCCUUCGUUUUCGGCCCGGCUCCUGUCUUCAUCUACACUCAAGAGAGGACAACACCACGCCCACCACCUUCGACUGAAUUGUUGGACUUGGACAGCCCAGGCUGUAGUUUUAGACCAAAUUGA